CCUAUAAACCAUUAGGUCUACAACAUUCCACCAAAAAAAAGCUCAAGGCCAUGAAGCUAACUUCUCUCGUCCCUCUCCUUUUUCUUGUCCCCCUCUUAACUUCUUGCUCUGAACAAAAACAGGUGUAUAUUGUCUAUUUUGGAGAACAUAAAGGUGAUAAAGCUUUACACGAAAUUGAAGAACACCAUCAUUCUUAUCUUCAAUCGGUUAAAGAAUCCGAAGAAGAAGCCAAAUCAUCGCUAUUGUAUAGCUACAAACAUAGCAUCAAUGGCUUUGCAGCUGAGCUAACUCCUGAUGAAGCCUCUAAACUAGAAAAAAUGGAAGAGGUUAUUUCCGUAAUCGAGAGCCACCCAAGAAAAUAUGAAACGCAUACUACACGGUCAUGGGAGUUUGUAGGACUGAAGGAGGAGGAAACCGAUGGAGAUGAGGUUCAACGCCCCAAAAACGAUGUGGACGAUCGGUUUCGCGUUGGAAGAAAGUUCUUGAAGCAGGCAAAACAUGGAAAUGGAAUCAUCGUCGGUGUCCUCGACAGUGGGGUGUGGCCAGAAUCAAAGAGUUUCAGUGACAAAGGAAUGGGACCCGUUCCAGAAUCAUGGAAAGGAAUCUGCCAAACCGGAAUUGCCUUUAACUCUUCUCACUGCAACCGGAAAAUUAUUGGAGCAAGGUAUUACGUGAAAGGGUACGAAAAAUAUUACGGAGCGUUCAACGUUACAGCAAACAGAGACUUCUUGUCUCCACGAGACCCCGACGGACAUGGAUCCCACACAGCCUCUACCGCGGUUGGCCGCAGAGUCAAAGGUGCAUCCGCACUUGGCGGUUUUGCCAUGGGCUCGGCUUCCGGAGGUGCACCGUUAGCUCGUCUAGCCGUCUACAAAGCCUGUUGGGCCAAGCCCAACCAAGAAAAAGUUGACGGAAACGUAUGUCUACAAGAAGACAUGCUUGCCGCGAUUGAUGAUGCGAUCGGUGAUGGGGUUCACGUGAUCAGCGUUUCCAUCGGGACUACGGACCCUUUGCCGUAUUCCCAAGAUGGAAUCGCGAUAGGAGCGUUGCAUGCGGUUAAAAGAAAUAUAGUGGUUGCAGCUAGCGCGGGGAACUCAGGGCCGAAACCGGGGACUUUGUCGAAUCCAGCGCCAUGGAUUAUUACCGUCGGAGCUAGUACUCUUGAUCGGGCUUUCGUAGGCGGUCUUGUACUUGGUAAUGGAUAUACAGUCAAGACGGAGUCGAUAACAGCAUUUAAAAUGGAUAAAUUUGCGCCUCUGGUGUAUGCUGCUAAUGUGGCUGUUCCCGGUAUUGCAUUGAAUAAUACAUCGCAAUGCUUACCGAAUUCACUUAAACCGGAGCUUGUGAAUGGUAAAGUGGUUUUAUGUUUAAGAGGAGCAGGUUCAAGAAUUGGUAAAGGUAUGGAAGUAAAACGAGCCGGAGGAGUUGGUAUGAUUCUGGGGAAUUCUCUAGCUAACGGCAAUGAAAUUCCUUCAGACUCUCACUUUGUUGCCACAGCUGCCGUUACCCCCACCGUGGUCGAAAAAAUUCUCGACUAUAUCAAAAUCGAUAAAAACCCGAUAGCUUUCAUCAAACCAGGGACCACUGUUUACAAAAACCAGCCAGCUCCUUUAAUGACCGGGUUUUCUAGUCGUGGUCCGAAUGUGGUAGAUCCUAAUAUUCUAAAGCCGGAUAUUACUGCACCAGGACUGAAUAUACUAGCUGCGUGGAGCGGAGCUGAUUCACCGAGCAAACUUUGGGUAGAUCAAAGAGUUGCUGAUUAUAAUAUCUACACAGGAACUUCCAUGUCUUGUCCUCAUGUUUCUGGUGCAAUUGCUCUUCUCAAAGCUAUUCAUCCUAAGUGGAGUAGUGCUGCUAUAAGAUCUGCUCUUAUGACCACUGCUUGGAUGACCAAUGAUGAGAAGAAACCGAUCCAAGAUAUUAGUGGUUUACCUGCAAAUCCAUUUGCACUCGGGUCAGGACAUUUCAGACCUACCAAAGCUGCUGAUCCCGGUUUAGUCUAUGAUGCAUCAUACCGAGCUUAUCUUCUCUACGGUUGCUCAGUUGGUUUUACCAAUAUUGACCCGACAUUCAAAUGUCCAAGUAAAAUCCCCCCUGGUUAUAACCUUAAUUAUCCAUCAAUUUCGAUCCCAAAUCUCAAUAGGACGGUGACUGUUAAAAGAACGGUUACAAAUGUUGGGAAUGGUAACUCAACAAGCACAUAUAUAUUCAGUGCUAGAUCGCCAUUGGGAGUCUCUGUUAAGGCUAAACCGAGUGUGUUGUCAUUCAACCGGAUUGGUCAAAAGAAGCGGUUUAAAAUCAUGGUCACGGUACGGAUGGACAAGAUGAAUGUGACUGAAAAGGGUCAGUACCAGUUCGGAUGGUUUAGUUGGACAGAUAAGUACCAUGUUGUGAGGAGUCCGAUUGCCAUUUCCUUAGCUUGAUUGUCGUUUGCCUAUUGGGGUUGUGUAUUGUAUGGGUUUUAGAGGGGUCAAAGUGAAAGAAAUGGGGGACCUUUUUCUAAUUACUCUACGGACUUAUUCAUGUGUUCAAAUUAAAGAAGUGUUCUAAUAGCUUACUUGUUUACUUAUGCUUUGUGAAGGUGGGUGUAAGAAACAACAUUAUAAUUACUUUGAAUUACUUGGAUUGGCCUACGAA